CGUCUAAGCCUCGCCCCACACGUCAUGGCCGCCAACCAACCCCGACCAACCCUCACGCGGCCGGUGAUCGGGUAGCAAACAGGGUAUUUUCACUGAGUGUGGACUGGACUGUGUGGAGGACGUGAGACCGUGAGACCGUGAGAUGGUGAGAUCCAUUUACUAGUACCACCAACUAGUAGAUACCGCACGUUAUAUUAAGAACGGCCUGCUUCCCUCUCUCGUUGUCGAUACCCUCCCACCACCACCACCCAGUCUGCUAUCGUUAUUUGCUGCUGUCAACACAACGACACCCCCCCACACAUUCAACUCAAUCACACAGACAAAGACAAAGACAACCCGUCGCAGCACAUCCCCCCGACGCAUCAUCACCAAUGUUUCGCUUCACCGCUAUCUUCCCGAUCCUGCUCAGCAUCGCGGCGUUCAUCCUCUCACUGCUAGUGCUUCUGGCGGGCAAAGACACCUCAUUCCUAAACGAUGUGUUCGUACUGAAGAUCGAUACCUCGCAAAUAGCGACCAACAUCGACGCCUCAACGAUCCUUCGCUCGGCGGGCAUCGACCCAAACAACACCGGCAUCUCCCAGUUGGACGACAUCCUCGCCUCCCUCUCCAGCGACGAAGUCGGCCGCAUCCUGAACACCGCGGCGCACGAGCUCGGCUUGCACGACUUCUACACCGCGCACGUAUCCACAUGGUGCGAGGGGACAUUACUCUCCGACAACACCACGACCAGCAACAGCGUCGCCAGAAACUCCACCUCCGCCUCCGCCGAGCAGCGCGUAACCGUGUGCACCAGCCCGAAAUACCCAUUCUCGUUCGACCCGGUCGGCAUUCUCGAGAGCGAGCUCCUGCAGGGGCUGACGCUGGAGCAAGUCGGCUUUCCAACGCAGGAUGUGGACAAGGUCGUCAGCGCUUUGGAAACGGCAUACAAGGCGAUGAGCAUAUGCUAUCUCGUCGGCACGAUCCUCGCGGGACUCAGCAUCCUGACCGGGCUCCUCGCGUUCCGUCCCAGCCGCUUGCUAGAGGCACUGAACCACCUCGUCGCCCUCGCCGCGUUCAUCCUGCUCGGCGUCGGCUCGGCUAUCGCGACCACGAUUGCCAUCAAGGUCAAGGACGUGUUUAAUGAUCGCGCGGCGGUGGUCAACGUCACCGCGCGGAACUCGGUGCGCUUCCUGGGGAUGACGUGGGCGGCGGUGGCCUGCAUGCUCCUUGUCAGUCUGCUGUGGUGCUGUGUUUGCUGCUGUGGUGGCCAUAGAAGAAAGGAGAAUAGGCGCGAGAGCGAGAUGCCCAUGGUCGAGGAGAAGCGGGAGCAGCAGAGGGCUUCGCGGUUUUCGAGGUUUGGAAGGGGGAGGAGGGUUUAAACGGAUGAUGGGACGGAUAAAGGGGGGGAUGGGG